GCGAGGACGCACGCGGUCUCCCUUCUCUUUUCAAACGGCGCGAACUUUUCGAUGUUUUAUUGUAAAAAUGUGUUUCCGUGCAUUAGGUAAGGUUUAUUUUUAAGUGAUUAACUUGUGAUGUGAUUUUACAUUGGAUUAACACUUUCAAUGCCUGUUCUCCACGCGAAGUCUGCGAUGUGGUCGCGCAAGCAUUCUGUGUGCAGUGCUGUGAGCGGCGCUUCCAGGUGUGAUGAUGCUGAACUGCCUCUGGCUGGUGGAGUGCAGCUGUACCCCUUUGCGAUAGCUUUGAGGGUUAGAGUACUUCAGAUUGUAUGCGGUAUUGGCGGAUUGGUGGUCGGCGCAGUGGGGUGGUUGGAAGAGAGACAGAAACCGGCCUUAGGUCUAGGAGUUCCUGCAGGUGCUAUCACAGUUCUAGCAGCCGCCACAUCAGUAUACUUCAGCCGAGGGUUCGGCGGCUGGACUGCAGCUCGGUCCAGGACUACCAGAACGUGGGGCGCGCCGUGGAGAGCUCUGGGACCUUCUCCAUGUGCAGCAGUGCCUUUAACCAUACUCUGGACCGCCGCUGUUAGUGCACAUAUAGCCAUGCUUGCCUUCUGCAUCAGAUCUUUGUUGAAUAUUGGAUGCGGAACGACAACCUGCAUCGGCGUUGCCGGCGCGCAGCUGUCAGUGUCCAUUAUGACGCUCACAGCAACAGUGUACAUGCUCCAACUGGACCUGCGGUACGACGCGGCCCUGUCUCCCCCGCCGCGGCAGUCCGACGCGCAGAUAUGCACAGCGGUGUCUAUGGUUCCUCUAACGUCAGUAGCGAUAACCAGCGGUCACAGCGGCGAUGACACCGGCAGUCCGCAGAACAAAGAGAAAGAAGCGCCGCCGACGGAGCCGACCUGAUGGUAAAUCGAUUGAUUUUGGUUUUAGCAUGAAAAUAUACGGGCGUUUUCAAUAAUCGAUCCCAAUUUCAAUUUUGCAACUAAUCCUGAGAAGAUCAAUCAAAUCAAAGUAAAUCACUUUUAAACAUGUCAAUGAACUUUGUACUGAUUGGUUCAUUUUCACGAUGGACCAAGAGCGAUUGGGAUCGUUUAUUAAAAUCGAUAUAUAUCUUCAGCUUUGUUUGAGAUAUAAAAAUAAUUAAUAGAUAUCGCCAGUAUAAUUUUGAUUGGAACUAUAAAUAUUUGACUGUAUGAUGUAUCAUGAUCUGACACUAUUAAGUAUUGAUUUAAAUUGGUAUCAGGCAGACAGUGAACUGAAGAAAACGUGUCAAAAUAUAUGAACACCUAUUGGGAACCACGUAAUUAUGUCGAUCAUCAAAAAAUUUUCGUGGUUCAUAUUGUCAUAGUCUAAAAAUAUAUGAAACCUAUUGGGAACCAUGUGAUCAUGUCUGAAAAAAAUAGAUUGUAGUUGAUAUGAUGUCAUAGUAAACUGCUACACCCUAAACUAUCUUUCUAAACCUCAAGAGGCGGGAAACUUCUAAGUUCUAAGAUGCAUUUAUAAUUGUAAUCAUUUUGCCUUUUUUAUUUCCAAAUUAAUUAAUAUAAAUGAGAUCUCGUCUAAAAUUUGUAAAAUCGUAAUGUAAUUUUAUUU